UAAGUCACGAGAUCGGUAAAUGGCCCGAUCCAACACUUGAUGUAGGCUGGAAGGAAAAGAAAGGGAACACCGAGCUGUUGGUGGCGAGUGGAAGAAGCUGUAGGGUUCGACGUCUUCGUACCUCGGAAUUGGUUAAUCUCUGAUGUUUUGGUUUGACAAAAGCGACAUCCGUUUGUUGACAAAGAAACUAAGAGUCUUUAAAUACGUAUCUAAAUAUUUACAUUUUGAAAAAACAAAACAUUUAUCGUAUACAUUUAAAGAAAAACAAUCUUCUACGAGGAGGAAGUAGAAUUGAUCUGCUCAGAUUUCAAAAGGUGACAUUCGGCUGACAAAAAAAAGAUUAAAUUCAUGGAACGUUACAGUUUGCUCAUUUAAUUUGGUUUGGGGGGGGGUAGGGGACCGAAUGUGACAUCAGUCUGCGACGAACGAGGUCACCGAUAAAGUAGAUAUUGCACAUUCAGCAAGGUAAAUGAUUUACCAAAACAAUUUGAAAUGCACUGAAAUCGAUUAACUCCCGAGAGACUGGGGCAAGAGAAAAGAAAACAAAAAUGCACAGUAAAAAUCGGCGAGAUCAGCGUGAAAAUCGCGUGGCAAAAUAGUCAGCAGUCAUAUGAGCUCUCAAUUUACUGAAGACCACAACUUACAAAACCGGUUUGACUUUUUUUUCAUCCGUAAAUUACAUACGGAGGCGUGAAAACUGUGUGCGAGACAAUAAUCAGCUAUCCCCAGGAGUCUCUAUACCGCCUUCCUUAGAAACGCUAAGAAUUUGAAACACAGGUUGUUCUGCACCUGGUGGAGCUUCUGUUUUUCGCAACUCUUGUUUCCAACAUCUGUCUCCACGUAACCUCCUCAGCUCCACUUGACUUUUGCCCAUAUACUUCAUAAGAUAACAUUUACCAGGACUUAUAUUUUUUUACAACGACAGCAGUGAUUUUGGGAUACAGUGAAGUUGUGCUUUUUGGCAGUGAAGCUCAGUGGGGAGGCGUGUUUGAAACCUGAUUGGGAUUUCUGUAUGAUUCUGCCACUCCGUGCAUGUGACAGGAAAACGUUUGCUUCCUGUGUUUGCUGGUUAGUCUAAUGGUGCAAUUUACUCUGCGUGUCCUUUCUGGAGGAACUUUUUACACCAUUCAGAAGUAUUAAAAUAACGUUAUUGUGCAAAUGUCAAUGUUUUUAUGUAUUUAAUGUUUAAAAAGAUAAAGAUGAAACUGAGCAGACAAUUCACACUAUUUGGAAGUGCCAUAUUCUGCGUGGUGAUAUUUUCCUUGUACUUAAUGCUCGACCAUGUUCAGUUCGAUCAUCCAAAGAACAUGAAGAAAGGAGGGCUAUUUCCAAAUGCACAGCUUUCAAUUCUGCAUGAAAAGAUUGACCACCUAGAACGCCUAUUAGCUGAAAACAAUGAAAUAAUUUCAAACAUCAGGGACUCUGUUAUUAAUUUAAGUGAAUCUGUGAAAGAUAACCAAGGGGACCAUGAAACUUCAAAUUCAAGUAAAGGACUUUUCUCUAAAGUCUUUGGAUCUUCCUCUUCCAGUACUUCAAUUGAUGCAGAGGAUUGUCAGUUUGCCUUGAAGGGCUAUGCAAAAGAGUCAAAUUUGCAAAUGUUGGAUAUCUACAACAUUUUACCUUUUGACAAUCCAGAUGGUGGAGUUUGGAAACAGGGCUUUGAUAUCACUUACAAUGAAAAUGAAUGGGAUGAUGAGCAACUACAAGUCUUUGUUGUACCCCAUUCACACAAUGAUCCUGGUUGGCUGAAAACAUUUGAUGAAUACUACAGAGAUCAGACCCAGCAUAUCCUGAACAACAUGGUGGCGAAGUUACAAGAGGAUGAUCGCAGGAAAUUCAUUUGGUCUGAGAUUUCAUACUUUUCAAAGUGGUGGAGCACUAUAGAUAGCCAGAAGAAAGAUGCUGUCAAAAGACUUUGUGAACUAGGCCAGUUUGAAAUAACGACGGGUGGCUGGGUCAUGACUGAUGAGGCCAAUACGCAUAUUUAUGCAAUGAUUGACCAGUUGCUUGAAGGACACCAGUGGCUGGAGAGAAAUUUAGGAAUAAAGCCUAGAUCAGGAUGGGCCAUUGAUCCAUUUGGGCACACAUCUACUAUGGCAUACCUGUUAAAACGAACAGGUAUUUCAAAUAUGCUAAUUCAAAGAGUCCACUAUUCUGUGAAGAAAUACUUGGCUAAACAAAGGAACUUGGAAUUCUUUUGGAGACAGAAUUGGGAUCAGAAUGGAAACACAGACAUCUUGUGUCAAAUGAUGCCCUUUUACAGCUAUGAUAUUCCUCAUACAUGUGGCCCUGAUCCUAAAAUAUGCUGUCAAUUUGACUUCAAACGUCUACCUGGAGGCCGAAUUAGUUGUCCUUGGAGGAUACCUCCAGUUGAAAUACAUGAUGGCAAUGUUCAAGAAAGAGCCAAACUCAUCUUAGACCAGUACAGAAAAAAGUCCAAACUUUAUCGCACCAAAGUGGUCUUGAUUCCCCUGGGAGAUGAUUUUCGUUAUGACCAGUGGUCAGAAUGGGAUCAACAGUUUCAAAAUUAUCAGAGGCUUUUUGAUUAUAUGAACUCCCAUCCAGAGCUGCAUGUGCAGGCUCAGUUUGGAACAUUGUCGGAUUAUUUUGAUGCUCUCCAUAAAACAACUGAAUCAGGAAAUUCACCAUCACCAUUUCCUGUCUUGAGUGGGGACUUCUUUACAUAUGCAGACAGAGAUGACCAUUAUUGGAGUGGAUAUUUUACCUCCCGACCCUUCUAUAAGCGAAUGGACAGAGUUUUAGAAUCACACCUGAGGGCAGCAGAAAUCCUUUACUCUUUAGCAUUAGUGGGUGCUCAGCAAUCCAAUAAAAUGGCAAUGUUCCCUUCAUCUGAAGAUUAUAAACUGCUCAUAGAAGCAAGACGAAAUCUUGGCCUGUUCCAACAUCAUGAUGCAAUUACUGGAACCGCUAAGGAGUGGGUCGUCAUGGACUAUGGGACCAGACUAUUUCACUCACUAUUGAACUUGAAAAAAGUAAUAGGUGACUCAGCACAUUUUCUAAUUUUAAAAGACAAAGAAGGUUACAAGCACAACCCUUCAAUGCCUUUUCUUCAAAUGGAUGAUAGUCAAGCCUCACAAGACUCAUUACCUCAAAGAACAACCAUUGAAUUAAGCCCAACACCCAGGUUCCUUGUGCUUUAUAACCCAACAGACCAAGACCGCAUCUCUGUUGUAACAGUACAAGUAAAUUCACACAAAGUAAGAGUGCUGACUGCUUCAGGGCAGCCAGUGGAAGCCCAAAUUAGUGCAGUAUGGGAUGGACCCACCACAGUUUCUAAAAACCUAUUCCAGAUUUCCUUUGUGGCACAUGUAUCAGCACUAGGAUUGGGGCUCUACCACUUAGUGGAGGCUUCAGAUAUCAAACCUGUGCUCACUGAUUAUACUGUGUACCAGAGUGGAAGGGAAGAAAUAAGCAUAGACAGUCCUUUCAAGAUUGACACACUGAAAAGCUACACUGGUGAUGUCACUAUUGAAAAUCUAAAUUUGAAGGCUUGGUUUUCAGGAACUAAAGGUUUUUUGGAGAAAAUAAACACCAAGGAGGAUAAGAGAGAACAUCAGAUAAAUAUUCAGUUUUGGUGGUAUGGAACCACAAGUAACCGGGAUAAGAGCGGUGCCUACCUCUUCUUACCUAAUGGAGAAGCUAAGCUGUAUGUUCCUUCAGAGCCUCCUAUCUUGAGAAUAGCUCGUGGCCCACUUUUCUCAGAAGUGAUAUGUAUCUACCAACACUUCACGCACUCAGUACGGCUCAAUAAUGUGCAUGGGAUUGAUGGGCUGUCAUUGGAAAUCUCUAAUAUUGUCGAUAUUAGGGGGGAAAUAAAUCAAGAAAUUGUCAUGAGGCUGACCACAGAUGUCAAAAGCAACAAUCAAUUCUACACUGACCUGAAUGAUUUCCAGAUACAGCCAAGGCAAACUUUAAGCAAAUUGCCUCUUCAAGCUAACUUUUAUCCUCUGACGACAACAGCAUAUAUUCAGGACAAUGACGUUCGUUUGACCCUGCACUCAGCUCAGUCUUUGGGAGUCGCUAGUCUAAAGAGUGGCCAGCUGGAAGUUAUAUUGGAUCGCAGACUGAUGCAAGACGAUAACCGUGGACUUGGCCAAGGUCUCAAGGACAAUAAAGUUACAGCCAAUUUGUUCAGAGUUUUGUUGGAGAAACGAAUUGGAGUAGAUGUGCAUGAUGAAAGUAAUAAGGCAGUGAAUUAUCGUUCCUUGUUGAGCCACAAAAUAUGUUCCUACCUGAAUCAUCCAAUAUUUCCAAUGGUUGUGAACCUGAAUGUUGAUGAAGUUCCUCCACUACUGAACCUAUACAGUCCUCUUAUGUCAUCCAUGCCAUGUGAUAUGCAUAUACUUAACCUGAGAACUAUAGAAGGAAAGGUCGAUGGGACUCCAUCAGAUGAAGCAGCCUUGAUCAUCCACAGAAAGGGUUUUGAUUGUCGAUUUUCAAACCAAAAUACUGGGCUAUUUUGUUCCACCACUCAGGGCAAGAUUCCUGUGCACAAUCUCUUCAGAGACUUAAGAAUUCAACAUCUAACACCAUCAACCUUGACUUUAAUGCACGAAACACAAAAUCACAAUAAUACUAGAGACAUAGAACUGAAUCCAAUGGAGAUAAGUACAUUCAGAGUUCAAUUAAGAUGAUCCUGUAACCUACUGAAGUUGUCUAAUGAGCUAUUUGAAGAUCAUAUUGUACAUGUUGAGUUGCAAUAACUGCAAGAACAUGAAAAGAAACUUAUGUCCAAGGUGGAAAACAUAUUUUCAUUUAAUUUUGUGAAAAAUUUAUAAAGUUCUAAAAGUUUAGAAAUAUUUCAAGUAACAAUAAAAAUAAAGUGGCAACAAACUGCUUCCUUACAAUAAUGUAAUUCCAGGUUUAAUUUAUCUGCCACAUUGCCUAACUUAAAAUACUGUUAGUCUUUCAAUGAAUUGAUGAACAGUGUUGAGAGACUGCCCUGAAGGUGUAAACUUCAUUCAGUUAACCUUCACAUCAAUAAGGGCAGUUGAUUCCUUGUUAUGUUUAAUGACUAGUCCCCAACAUUAAGUUAUGGUUAUGUCCAAAAGUUUAUUACAUUCUUACAUGUGAGAUAUUGGAUUUGUUGAGAAAGUGAAAUCUCAUAAGCAUAAAAUCUGAAAUUCUGUGAUUUAUGAGAUCAUGAAUAAAAGCCAAUAUAAUGCCUGAAAUUAUAAGAAAUUUCAGAAUUAACACUGGAAUGUUUGUAAAUAUGAAAUUCAGAAUUUUUGAUCUGUUCGGAAUUCUAUCUUGUAUAUUUGGAUGGGGUAAGUGCAAUGCUUCAGCAGUCAUUUGUAAUGAUAAACCAACCACAAUAUGUACAUGAACAACUAACAAGAAAAUUUGUAUGUUAGUAAAUGACAUGUUUUCUGCUGGCAACACAAUCCAGAAUAGAUGUUCUGUUCAAAAGUUGUCACUUGAGAUCUGUGCCUUACAAUAAUAUUACAGAUUAUACUUGUACUAAAUAAAAGCUGAAAGAAUUGUGGAUACUGUAAAUCAGGAACAAAAACAAGUUGCUGGAAAAGCUCACCAGGUCUGGCAGCAUCUAUGAAAAACAAUCAGAGUUAAUGUUUCGGGUCCAGUGACCUUUCCUCUGAAUACUUGUACUGUUCUCUCUUCCAAUAUUUUAUAAACCGAUCUCCAAAUGGGAUAUUUUGUACCUUAAAAUUUGAAUUUCAUCAAAAGAAAAGUUGAAGGUACACACAGAUGUGAAUGGUCAUUCAACUCAUGUUAGAUCAACUUCCCAGAAAACUUUUGAAGCCCUUUUAUCAUAGCAUAUAAUUAUCUCCUCUCUUGCCUCACCCACCCUAUCCAGAAAUCCAUUUACUUCUUUUGUUGCUGAAAUCAGUCUAAAUUUUUGUUUCACCACUUUGAACUUAAAAUCCUUCCUCUGUCAUUUUAAGUUUCACAUUCUUCUGCAAGCUACUUUUUCAGUUCAUUUUGAAGACCGAAGAGUACAAAUUUAUCCAGCCUUCCCCAUUACAAUCAGAUAACGCGAGGGUUGUAUCAUCUCUGCAUUACCGAGAGGACUUGAAUAUUUAAUGUGUAUCUCAGUAAUCAAAAUGAUACUAAAAAUUUUCAUAUUAUCUAAUUUGGCUGAAUAUGCAUAAAAUUUUUAAAAUUAAGCUAUGAAUCAUUAUAUGAUAUAUCUUUUUGUCUUUUACUUUCCAUUUUCCAAUGAUCACUUGAAUGUACUGAUUUAGAAUAGUAAGGUAUAAAAGAGAAAGUACUAUCAAUUCAUCAUAUUCUCAGUAAUGCCAAAGCAAAUACAUGUAUUAGAAAAUUUUACAUGAAAUUGUACUUAGUGACCCUUUGAGUUUUGUUACUUGCAUGAUCUUGCCUAAUGCAAUACCAGAAGAAUUUUUUUACAUUCAUGUUGUUUCCCUAAAGAUCCCCUAACAUCACCAAGCAUGGUCUUUUCUCCUUCAAAUAGAGCUGUUGUACAUUUACACUUGUAUGUUGCUGAAACUACUUCUACCAACAUAUGCUAAUGUUAUUACUAGCAAUUAUGUUCAACACCAAAAUAAUAGUAAAAAAUGCGUAGUUUGUGUAAUUGGCUGUUUUGUUUGAAGAGGUACUGUGUUUGAGGAUUAAAAAAAAGAGAUUUGAUAAAUUUAA